ACAGUUCGUCAUCAUCGCCUCAUGAUUUAUUUACUUUUUGACUUAUGCUACAUUAGUCAAGUAAUUGGAUUACUGCUGGUAAAAUCUAUAUAGAAAUCGUUGCCGAACUGUUAUACCGGUACAUUUUGCAUUAGAAAUAGAAGACCCGUUUUGAAUAUUGAGUGUUUGACACGAUGUUGCGGAGAGUGCCCAGUAGCUGCCUCAAUCUUUUGCGUAACAGAAACAACCUCAUCACCAGGAGGACUUUCUUGAGUCUUGCCGAAAGAGCCACAACCUCAGAUUCAGCUUCACAGACUAAAUGGCUGUGCUCAUGUCCAUUGCCAACGAAUCAGACCUUCCGAGCAACUCGGCAAGGUAGGCUGGUAACAGUCCCAUCUCUAUGUCGCCAGUCUACAUCAUCCAGAGCUGCAGAGAGCACAAUAGCAGUAGACAUACGACAGGAAAAUGAUCACCUGUCCUUUUCUGUAGGCAAUGAAAACUUCAAAGCAAGCUACCUAUGGCUCAGGGAUCAUUGUAGAUGUAGCAUGUGUUAUGAAGAGGUAUGCCAUGAAAACUUUGUGGACAUUGUGGCGCUCCCUGAUGAUAUCAGACCAAAGGAAUGUCACUACAAGAACGAGGAGCUCCAGUUGAUAUGGCCUGACGAUCAUGUGACCACCUACUCCAUCCAAUGGCUUCGAGACAAUGCACCAGGUCAGAGGUCAUCCGCUGCAUCCGGUCAGCAACUGCAACCAUUCUACUGGGACAAGGCUAGCCUCGCCACCAACCUUCCCGAGGACGUCCACAUCGAUGCUCUCCGGGAGGGUCCCGGUCUGAAGCAGGUCAUGGAGAACCUUCACGUGCAAGGGUUCACGUUCAUCUCCGGGAUAGAGGCAACACGUGAGGCAACUGAGGAAGCCCUGUACCUUGUUGCGCCUGUCAUGCAUACACACUAUGGUACAGUUUGGCAGUACCAGAAUGAUGGAGAAAUAGCGGAUGCUGGAUACACUGCUGUCUCCCUCAAGGACCAUACAGAUCAUACAUACUUUGAUAACGCUGCAGGUGGUCUCGCUCUCCAUUGCAUCUACCAUGACGGCACAGGAGGAGAGAAUACGCUGAUCGAUGGGUUCCAUGCUGCCAAUAUCUUGAAGGAGACCAAUCCUGAGCAUUAUGAAACCCUACUGCAUAAACCUGUGGUCGGCCAUUAUCUAGAUGACACAAAAAACUUCCGAUGCUACCACAACGUGUUACGCCACAACGUGUUGACAAAUCAGCUUCAACAAAUCAGAUUCAACCCUCACGACCGUUUGACGCUCUCGUACAUGUCAUACGAAGAUGCAGAGAAAUUCUACGCCGCCUACCGUGCAUUUGGCCGCAUCCUGGAAUCUUCCGAGAGCAAGUUCGAGACCAAGCUUCAGCCGGGGCGCAUGGUCCUCUUUGAUAACUGGCGUCUGCUUCACGGUCGUGCAGGAUUCACGGGAAAGCGUGUCAUGGUCGGUUGCUACUUCAGCAAUGACGACAUCCAGAACCUGAAGAGGACCACAGCAAACCUGGAUGUCUGAGGAAGUAUUGGUCUAAAAAGAGAAACCUGUGAAAACUCCCCUUAGUGUAAUAUCUCAGAGCUUUAUGAUCAUGGCUAGGAAUCGUUUUCACAAAACAAAUAAGUUGUGGAAGGAUAACUGGCACAUUGAUUAUGAUCUAUUUUGAAAGUCUGUUUAUAGGAGCAUUGUUUCCACCUGAUGACGACAGCGUCUUCCCCCAGCAGGGGUGGGGGGGAUUUCAAUAUCUUACUGAUGAAUAUUCAUCUACAGAAUGAUGAAUAUGUAGUAGUGAACAUCCUUCUGAACAUAAUCUAACCACUUUUCAGAGUGGCUGUUUAUCGCAGCAGUUUUGAAUCUAAGUGAUCAUUUUUUAAGUCACACAUAACCCCUUGUGAAAUGGUCCCUGGCGCCGUUUCAUAAAGCUGUUUGUAAAGUUAUGCGUUACCUUCGUAAUUCCGAAAUGUCUAAAUUGCCUAUACCUC